AUGGCCGAUCCGAGCCAUAACGUGAAUGAGCAACUGCUCCCCCAUGUACAUCUGCUCAAUACCUUUCGGUAUCCCCUGAUGCCCAGGGUCGAUACGGCCGAAGUCACCAAGUGGCUGUUGGCCGCGCCCAAGAUCGCGCGGGACACGGCCCCGUUCUUCUGGACCUACGUCGACACGCCUCAGGACGGCACUAUCUUCUUGACCUGGCAGCCACUACAGAGGCUUGGAACGGAGUUUUCGACAGAUGGCUACAUCUGGGCAGGGCAGGAGACCUACUAUCACCAACCUGUUGGCGAUGGUCUCAUCCUGGAGAUGUAUUAUGCCCGAGCAGGCUACCGCCCAGGUGAACAGGUCACAGGACAUGCUCGUCGCCGAUUCCGCCUGAUGCCACCGAAGAUGCCAACUGCCAACAUGCCUCAGGUCGACCCUAGCUUAUGGAUCGUCCACUAUGGACCUAUCGAGAACAACAACGACCGGAUGCCUGUUAACCACAUUCCGUUCGACCCUCGCAUUCAGAGUCUGAUGGCAAUGCGCAUGCAGCUGCAGCGGGCUGGCCAGCUUGCACGGAAGGAAUUCAUGCUGUCAGACCGUGUGAAUUGGCCCCAUAUCCCCCUCCCACGCGAAGGGAGGGCCCCUCACGGAUACUCCAUGCCGCCGAAUGCUCGUGGCGUACCGCAGCAGAUGGCCUAUCCUCCACAUCCCGGCGGCCCGGGCGCACCGCCCUCGAAGCGACCCAGGCAUGGCGCUGCUCCCCCACAAGGCCAGCAGGCGGUAGUCAUGGGCCAGGGCCCUCCGAUCGAGAGUGUAUAUGACGAUGAUGAGGACACGUCGCGGGGCGAUCUCUUCGAUCACAUGUCCCCUCGAGAGGUCUCCCUCAUGCGGUACCAACAGAAUCACGAGUGGAUGGAAGAAAUCUUGCUGUCUCCCUACCGCGUGGCCCAACUGGAACACGCCGAUCUGAACCUGGGCCUGAAGGGUGAGCUGUCACCAAUGACAGAAGGCAUAUUCGAGGCCCAGGGUUCCGAGGCGCUGAGCACUCUCCCAAAGAAGCCCUACGUUGGACAUCUCGAUGCUGGCCUGGCCGACGACUUCCGCAAGCGAGUGGAAGAGAAGAUUAAGUCGACCAAUGCUGAAAUCGAGGAGAUGAAGGCCGAGCAUGCAAAGCGCCUCGCCAAGUACAAGACGAAUUCCCUUCUGAAACAUGCCGAGCAAGAGCUGCGUGUCUCUGUGGAGGAGACCGGCCCUGAGAUCUGGAGACUGGAAGGAAGACAUGAUGACAACGACGAAGCUACAGGCAGGUGGGGUUCCAAGCAGCACCGAACGAUCGAUGAGAUUGUUGGUGAGGUUGAAGCCGCCCUGGGCCGCAAGGUGGAAGUUUCUCACGAAGCCCGGAGAGUGCAAGACGGCGGUUACCAGGAGCCGGAACCCGAACCCGAACCCGAGCCGGAGCCGGAGCUGGAGCCGGAGCCUCAGCCAGAGCCAGAGCCUGAACCGAGCGUCGUGGAACCGAAGGUGGAGGAGUCGACGAACUCGGCGCCGGAGAACGAGAUGUCUCGCCAGCCUUCGCAGGCACCGUCCCAAGGAAGCGGCCUCUUGGUAGGAGACUCAGAUGUUGACAUGGGCAACACCGCAGCGGGGCUCCUGGAUCAGAUGCACACUGGACUUUCUACAACGUCAACCCCGAUCAAUAACUUCCCAACCCCACAGCCGCAACUAUCUGCUGUGCCAUCGAAUGCCGGCACGCCAGCCAAUGUUGGCGCGCCUUCACCACAGCCAGCAACACAGCCCUCGCAACAGCCCACAUCGGGUGAUGUGACUAUGGGUGAUUCCGAGCCGCCCAAGGAUACUUCAGCACCGACUUCGGCUCCCGAUCAAGGAACCGACAGCGGUGACUGGGUUGUUGUCCCCAAAGAUGGCGUAUCUCCUCCAGGCCCAUCGCCCCAAGCUGCUGGUGAUGCGGUCAACGCCCAGCCACAGGUUGUCCAGCCUCCAACUGCUGUGCCCCCACAGCCCGAGACCGUCCCUACGCCGAGCGCUCCAGCGGCCGAAGGCGCUACGAGCAAGCCAACCUCUGCUGCUGCGACGCCCGGUGUGGACUUCAGCUCUCUGGGCGACCUGGACAGUGCUGGCGAUGCGCUGGCCGGAUACGACGGCAGUGGCCUGGAGGGCGGUGAGGAUCUUGAUCUCAACAUGGACAUGGAGGACUCGGCGUUCGGCGAUGCAUUCCACGGCGUUGACGAGUCUCGCGAGGGUGACGACGGUGCGGGUGCCACACCGUCAGGUCUGUAA